CUCAAUCGCAUACACCAGCGGCGGCGCCGGGACCCCGAAAACCCUCUCCCCGCACACCACGGCCAACAGGAACCACUCCGCUCCUCCGAGCCCUAGCCGUCCCGGGCCGGGUCGGGCUCCCCUACAUGACGCCGGCGUGAGGCAAGUGCUUAGUGGAUCGCGCUGGUGGGAGGAUGCAGGGCGGUGUCAUGGCCCAUGCCGCCGCCGCCGCGGCGGCCGCGUCGACGGUGACCACGGCGGUGGCGCCCCCAGUCACGGCGCACGCGGUGGCGGUGGCGCCCCCGGUCACGGCGCACGCUGCGGCGGCGGCGGGCAACGGCAGCGCCACCGCCGCGCCGCCGCCACCGUUCCUCAUGAAGACCUACGAGGUGGUGGACGACCCGGCCACGGACGACGUCAUAUCCUGGGGCCCCGGGAACAACAGCUUCAUCGUCUGGAACACGCCCGAGUUCGCCCGGGACCUCCUGCCCAAGUACUUCAAGCACAGCAACUUCUCCUCCUUCGUCAGGCAGCUCAACACCUACGGGUUUAGAAAGGUUGAUCCAGACAGAUGGGAAUUUGCAAAUGAGGGUUUUCUGAGAGGACAGAAGCAUCUGCUGAAGACUAUCAACAGAAGGAAACCAUCCUUGCAGGGGAACAGCCAACCACAGCAACCUCAGUCGCAGAACGCUCCUGUGCCUUCCUGUGUAGAGGUUGGUAAGUUUGGGUUGGAGGAAGAGAUUGAACGGCUGAAGAGGGAUAAGAAUGUUCUUAUGCAAGAGCUUGUCAGGCUGAGACAGCAACAGCAAACAACUGACCAUCAGCUGCAGACUUUGGGCAAGCGUCUUCAAGGGAUGGAGUCACGGCAGCAACAGAUGAUGUCUUUCCUGGCUAAAGCAAUGCAAAGUCCUGGUUUCCUAGCGCAGUUUGUACAGCAAAAUGAGAAGAGCAGAAGAAGAAUAGUAGCGGCGAACAAGAAAAGGCGGCUGCCCAGGCAAGAUGGUGGCCUAGACUCCGAAAGUGCUGCUGCUUCGUUGGACGGUCAAAUCAUCAAGUAUCAGCCUCUGAUCAACGAAGCAGCCAAAGCAAUGCUAAGGAAGAUACUAAAGCUAGAUUCUUCGCAUAGGUUGGAAUCUAUGGGCAAUUCAGAGAAUGGCAAUUUUCUGCUGGAGAAUUAUAUGCCAGGCGCUCAAGCCUUUGAGAGCUCUUCGUCAACAAGAAACUCUGGGGUCACCCUUUCAGAGGUUUCAGCUAACCCAGGUUUGCCGUAUGGCGGCGGCGGCGGCACGAGCUCUGGGCUGUCAGCCAUCUGCCCUCCUGAAAUCCAGUGCCCAGUUGUGAUGGACAACAUGUCGUCUAACCAAGUGCCCAGCAUGAGUGCUGUGCCUCCUGUUUCGAAGGCUACAAUUGACAUGGGUAUUCCUGAAUUCUCAGCUCUGGCAGACUUGGUGAAUGAAGGCUCCGUCGAUAUCCCUGGAGGGGCCUUUGAGAUGCCUGGUCCUGAGUUUCCUCUGCCAGAAGGCGAUGACAGUGUCCCCAUCGAGACCGAUGAGACCAUGUACAACAACAACGACGAGACUCAGAGCCUUCCAGGCAUCAUCGACUCCUUCUGGGAGCAGUUCCUGGUAGGCAGCCCUCUCUCUGCCGAUAACGAUGAAGUUGAUUCGGGGUCGCCACAGGAGAACGGAUGGAGCAAAGUGGGGAACAUCGGUGAUCUUACAGAACAGAUGGGCCUUCUGUCAUCAACAAAUCACCGCGACUCAGGGAAUGGGCUGUAGUGUAUCUUAAUUAAUAUACGGUAGACUGGGAUUAUCGGUAAUAAGCGUCGCCUGCAGUUUUUGUUAUUUUUCCUUUUGGCCAAAAAAUGAUAUGCCGGUAUAUCAACCACUCGCUCGACCUAUAUGCGCGGGAGGGGCAGUCUUCCAGCUGAGCUCUGAAUGCCACAGCCACCUGCUUGUAUCAAUCUAUGAUGUUGGCAGUCUUGAGAACACCACUGUGACUUGUUAAAUCUGUAUGCUUAUUCCCACUCUAGUUGCUG